AUGGAGACUGUGUGUUGUAUGUGCGGCGAUGUAGGCUUCUCCGACAAACUCUUCCGCUGCAGCAAGUGUCGCCACCGCUUCCAACACCUGUAUUGCAGCAAUUAUUAUAGUGAAUUAUCAGAGCCCAUUCAAGUAUGUGAUUGGUGUCAAAGUGAGGGAAAGAGUUCAAAACAUGGUGGUUCUUCAUCAAGAAAAUCCAUGCAGGUAAAUAAUGAUUCAAGAUCAACAGGUAACAAAAACAAGCAACAAGAUCAUGAAGAGGGUUCAGAAAAAGCUGCGAAAAACCCGAGUUCGACAUCUUCUCCCCGGCCUACUACGCGCAAAUACAAGCUUCUCAAGGAUGUAAUCUGCUGA